AUGCUGGGCAUGUUCAGACCAUCAGCGCCUCGUCUGGGUGGUCUGCUAUGGAAGAGACCAUGGCGGCUCAGCGCUCCCCAAAAACAACGGCAGCGCAAACGGUUAAAGCUUGUCGACCAGGUCGUUGAUACUUUGAGCAAUGCGUUGCAGAAACAGGGCCUAUCCGCCAAAGCAAUUGACCGCUGGUACGCCGAAAUGCCUCGUGAAGAGGAGAUGCUCGCCAAGGAUAAAUACACUAUUUUCGACAGGAAAGAGCGCAAGUACAGGAAGGGAAUACACAAAUUACCGAAGUGGACAAGAGUCAGUCAGAGAUUGAACCCGGCUGGUUUCUAG